AAACGGACUGUUGCUUUCCCGGCUCUUCAUCAUUCUCACCACCACUGCCACCGCCACCUUUCUUCCUCCUCCUCCUCCCACCCGUCUCUAGCCCACACAUUUGCUUAAGAAAAAAAGUGAUGAAAUGAACAAGAAGUGGUAAAUUAAUGAAGACCAGUUUCCUGAGAGAGAGAGAGAGGGAGCCGUUGCAAAGCGGAGCGCGGGAGGGGGAGAGCUGAGAACUGAGCGCUGCCAGCCCAGCCCAGCCCCUGUAAAGCACAGGAGCUUGCAAGGAGUGGUGGGAAGUGAGCACUGCUGCUGGUCGUGGCUCAGCCUUUUGCCACGGCGGAGAAUUGAUCUCGGCUCUAGCCGGGUGCUGAAUGUUAGGCAGGGUGUUCCUGCGGCUCGUCGCCGACAUGCAAAGAGCUUUAUCUGAUUGCAUUUGACUUGCAAUGCCGGCUUCUCUUUGGAAUGCAAAACCUUGCACAGGAUGAAAUCAGGUCACUCUUCCAGAAUGCCAGAGGAAAGUUCCCCAAGGAGGACUCCUCAAAAUGUCCCAUAUCGAGACAUUCCACAUAUAGUCAACGCUGAUGGGCAGUACCUUUUCUGUAGAUACUGGAAGCCAGCAGCCACACCAAGAGGCCUCGUGUUUGUUGCUCACGGUGCUGGAGAACACUGCUGUCGCUAUGAUGACUUGGCCCAGAUGCUGACAGGAAUCAACUUUUUUGUAUUUGCACAUGAUCACGUUGGCCAUGGGCAGAGUGAAGGAGACCGUAUGGUUGUGUCAGACUUCCAUGUGUUUGUCAGAGACAGCUUGCAGCACAUUGACCUCAUGAAGAAAGAUCAUCCAGGCCUCCCUCUGUUCCUUCUUGGGCACUCCAUGGGAGGAGCCAUUGCCAUCCUCACCGCGUCUGAAAGACCAAAUGACUUUUCAGGCAUGGUACUAAUUUCUCCCUUAGUAGUUGCAAGCCCAGAGGCAGCGACACCAAUAAAGGUUUUUGCAGCUAAAGUGCUUAACUUUGUCCUGCCAAACCUGUCCCUGGGAUCUAUCGACCCAAAUGUUGUUUCCCGGAAUAAGAAAGAGGUUGACUCAUACUCUUCAGAUCCACUGGUUCACCAUGGCGGCAUGAAAGUCUCCUUUGUCAUCCAACUGUUGAAUGCCAUUGCCAAAAUAGAGCGCUGCCUCCCCAGACUGACUCUCCCCAUCCUGGUGCUCCAUGGCUCACCUGACAAACUCUGCGACAUCAGAGGCUCUUAUUUGCUGAUGGAUACUGCACCGAGUCAGGAUAAAACGCUCAAGGUGUAUGAGGAGGCCUAUCAUGCUCUCCAUAAAGAGCUUCCUGAGGUGACUAUGUCUGUUCUUAAGGAAAUACAGUCAUGGAUUGGUCAAAAACUUUCAGCAGCUGAAGGAGCCUGUUGCUCUUAAGAAAAGAAAAGCCACUUUGAGACCUUCUUAAAUGAUUGUUAGGAUAUUCUGGAAAGAGAAAGUUUUUUUCCCCCUUUAACCUACCUUUGGAGGAGGAAAGUUCUGUUAAAGGGACUCCUAAAACACGUUGUUUUUAAAGAAACAUUCUUAUGGCACGGGAUGGGGGGUGGGGAGGGAACCAUUCAGCCAUUUAAAAAAAAGUUGUCCUCUUAGAGGAAGGAGCUGGGAGAGAUAUCGGUGCAGAUUUCCUAGCUGUAUGUGCUGCGUAAAGGGACUUCCUCAAAUCCCUUUCAAAAUCCACAGCACUCUCUACCCCUACCUUUUGUUUUCAAAGGAGUUCCUGAGGUGCUUAGGUAACUUUUAUAUUGCAAUAAUCUUUGGAAUAUUUAGAAGUUUGGCAUCUUCCAUGUCAUUCCGUUUUUACUCUUGCCAGAUUAUAAUUCCUCCCGCCUGCUAAUAGGCCCAAAGGAAAGUUAUUGCUAAAUGAAGAUGGAGUUAGAAGGGAAGCUGGGCUGGUGGUGGAGUUUUUCCACAUGAAGGGAAAACUUGAAAGCUUCUGGAUGAGGUCAGGCCAAAUGGUCUCUCAGCCUUAGGGGUCGUGAACAAGCCAGAGCCCAUUAGGCCACCAUGAACAGCUUUGGACUCUGAAAUGACAUCGUUUAGAGCUGUUUCAUAACCAGCCCCAGAACUGAGUCUACAGAGCAGAGGAAUUAAUGUAGAAUAGUGUAUCGAAAUCUAAGCACACUAAAGAUGCUGCUGCUUCCAAAAACCAAAUUUUUCUUCUGUGCAAGAACUGUACUCUGUAAAUAACAUGUAGGGGCACUUUUCUUGUUAGUUGUGUUACUGGUAAUUUAAGAUGUAAAGUCAAAAGUUAUAUUUAAAAGAGAAAUAUUAAAUAUAAUAUAUAAUGUUUAUAUAAGUUGCUCAGAUGUCUGGAGGUGGAAGGAAGCAGAGUAAGAACUUAAUAGAGGGGCUGCUGUCCUUCACCUGCUGGCUCCUUAGAGUACUUCCAGACAGCACAAAUUUUAACUUUUGCCAUGUUUUAAACUGAGGGCUUAGUUUGGUGGAUUUCAGGUGUGUGAAAGCAAUUGCCAUUUGAAAACAGGGAAUAGCCAAGGGUUGCUUGUCCUUAACCUUGCCAUUUAAACCCCUCUUCAUGAGAAAGGACAGGACAGAAGCCACUUUUCUGCUAAUGGCUAGCAUUUUUCUCCUAUUCCUUUGUUCCGCUCAAGUUUGGAAGGAAAUUUGGGGAGUGAGAGAGAGAGACAAACCAAAGUAGCAAGAGGGGUAUUCGGCCACAGACAAAGAGCUGGGGUAGGAAGGCCGUGGGUUCUCUGAGUGUUGCAUAUGGGGCCUUAUAGCCUUGACUAGUAGAGCAAAAGUGGGAGAUGCAGGCCAGAGGGUUGCGGUAUGUACCUGGGGAGAAAAUGUGUAGUGCUGUGGGUUGUGACAGGGAGAGCCAGCAGGUGUAUGAAAGGUGGGGUGGGAGAUAUUGAGAUAUGCUUAUAGGAAUCUGGAUUUGGUGUUUACUCGUGCCGGCAGGGCGUGGGGGUGGUUUGCAGGCAGCAGGGCAAUUGAGUGGAAUUUCUUCAGUGGGCUAUCAGUCUUCACUAGGAGUAGCUGCUUGAGCAAGCCAGGUCACUGCACCAGGAAAUCCUGAAGGAGCUGCCCAGGGCUAGUUGAGUAUUUGCUAUGCAGCUGUCAAACAGUGCUUCCAGGCAGCCCAAACCUGCCAUGUUAAUUGAAAGGCCCUCCACCCCCAGGUGUUAUACAGUGCCUUUCACCAUUGAUCAGCCAGAAACAUUGAUUCUUUCCCCCUCAUUAGCUGUAGAACAAGCCACAAAGCACUGUUGACCCACUCUCCUGUGUUGAGUGGAAGGGGAAAUCUGUUUCUACUUAUACCCUUAUUCCAACUUUUCACUGAGAGCCCUCAUGUGAUUCUGCUACAAGAGUAAGUUGUUGGCCCUGCUUGGUCCAUGCAUAUCAUGUGUGAGAAUAUGUACCACUGUGACUUUAGGCUGCUUCAGAAAAUGGGGAUUUCCCAUACAGAAAGCCCUUCCAUCUAUUUUACGAAGAAGAAGCUGCUAUUAGCUCUGGCUUCCCAGAAAAUAGCAUGUGUGAAACUGGUAUGUGAAAUCAGCAUGUGUGAAGAUCUACGUGCAGUUCUCAUACAUUUUUGUAUGUGUGCAGGAAAUUUCCAAUAUUUGAAGCAGCCUUUAUUACUAGGCAGCCAAUAAGGAUCAAAUGUGAACUCUGAAGAGAGAGAUGGUCUAGUGGAUUCCUGAAUAGAGUGACCAUUCAUAAUAAUUAUUUUUACUGGCCUCCUUGCUCAGACACACCCCAUAUUUAUGUGCCUAAUAGAUAAAAAGAAUAGAUUCCCUUCCCUUUUAUGGGAAGCAGAAAGCACUUUGUUCAAAGGUCCACUGAUGAAUCCAUUUCGCUGCUAGGAGAUAGUCUGCAACCUUGUCGCUCAGAUUCUGACUUAGGACCAAAUGGCAGAGCUCAGCAAAUGAUCUUAGACACACUAGCAAGGCUAGUCCGUAACCCCAAUAAACAGAUUGUCAGACCUUUCACUUGUACAGUCAUCCCUUGCCAGCUGCGAGGGUUAUGUUCUCGCAAAACCCUGCGGUUGUCAAAUUUUCAGUUAGCAAGCAAUAGGAAUCAAUGGGAAAUGGGGUUACAGGAACCGUGAUCAUGAAAGCACCUCAAAAUCAAGGGGAAAUGGUUAAAAAUGGCUAAAAAUGUUUUUUUUUAAAUCCCUAAAUAUCACCAGGAGUCAGCAAGAGGAAUGAGCAGAUUUAACCUCUGGAAAAAAAUUUAACACCCACCCCCCAAGUAACUCAAAUGUACUUUAUUAGUUCCACCCCACAGCACAUGCAAAGAAAUACAGCAGUAAAAACACAGCACCCUGCUCUCCCCAAUUCCCCCCAACACAUGCUGCACUGUGCAAAGUACAGAUACUGUACUGUACGUGUGUACACUCUGUCUCUCGCGUGCGUGCACACACAUACACAAGCACACACUUCUCUCUCACCUCCACUUCUCUUCUCUCCUCCAUCUCUCUCUGUCUCUUUCCUCCACUUCUCUCCAAUGACUCUCUCACCUCCACUUCCCUCUCCUCUCUUUCCCGCCUCUUGCCAGCAAAAAUCACACUUCUCGCAAACAAAAUCACAUGAGAAUUGUGGAUACUUGAGUCGCGUUUGGCAAAACUGGUAGCAAAAUCCCAGUAGCGGAUACUCAAAACUGCAGUUGGGAAAACUACGCUAGGUGAGGGAUGACCGUAUUUUGCCAAGAGCUUCAUCAUUUUUUAAACUUGCAUCUUAUUGAGACUGUGCAAGCAUACCCCAAUCUGCCUAUCAAGAUUCUAAUCAUGACUUUGUAUGUCAUGCUAGCAACAUGCAUGUUGUACUAGAAAAUGAAAACAACCUCCUGCCAUAGGCAUAUGGGUAUGACUCAUACAGGUCAGGUGUCUUGCAGGAGCCAGAUGUCUUUCACCUCAUCUUCCAACUUUAUAUUUAGGUAAAACAAGACAGUAUUCCUACAGCUGAGGUUUUGAGCUAGACCAGUGGUCUGUAAAUCAAACCCACCCAGAUUACAAGUUUCAGUUCCCGCCCCCAAAGCCUGUUCUUUUGGGAGCUGCGAAAGAGAACCUUCCCCCAAUCAACAACAAACAUCCCCGAAUCUAACUAAUUAGCUCUGAUCUGUUCUCUAAUAAGGGUGUGAGUGGCAGAGCUUAACACAUUACAAGACCUCAGAAAGAGAAGCACUGUAGGAGUAACAGUUGCCUGAUUUGAACAGACUUUUGCAACUUGUGUAGAUUAUCCAGACAAAAACACUUUACAGACUUGGUUUGGGCAUUAUGGGAUACUUCCAGUACCUUAUGACAAGGCCUGGAUUAGCUCCCAGUUGCAGAUUUUAUAAGUCAUUGCAACAGCACAGCAGAAUGGUCCUAAAAGCUGGAGCAGUAGUAGCAGGGCAGCUAUAACUGAGGUCUGUAGAUUAUUAAACUGGAAAUUGAACUGUGGGAGGCCUGUUGUUGUGUAUGGAUGGCAGGAGGUAGGUCAGCUAGAGAAGUCCAAUGAAUGAGAUACAGUACUGCCCCCUCACCUACUAAUAGGAUUCUUUGCUCGGUCCAUGUGCUGAGGAAAUAAGCAUAUUUCGAGGGUGUUGACUAGCAAAGGUGAAGACCCUUGUGUUGUUUUUAAGGCCUUAAAAGCAUCAUCUGAUGUGCUGCAUGCACAGCAAUGGAUGGCAUAGAAAUGGAAGCAUGUGGGGUGGGUUGCGGUGCGGUGUAAUAUAUUAGAAAGGCAAUCAUAGUGGAGAUUAUUCCAAAGAUGUAAGCACUAGCUAAAUUCUUCACCUAUGCAAGUCAAUUGGGAGUUUAGCUACAGUGAGAGAAAUCUAGGUCAGUGCUACCUGCUUUAGAGAAAAUAUGAACAAGUGCUUUUAAGAAACUAACCCCUAUAUACAUGCAAGGGCACUGCAUUGCUGGUCCCUAUUAUAUACAUGGCCAGAGAAAGUUCCACAUACAGUGCCUUUCAAUAAGCUUGUCUAGAGAAUGUGUCUGCUGUAACUCCUGAGCUGUGAAGCAAUAUAUAAAGAAGAGAGGAGCACUAGAAAUAUAUACAUAUUCAACUCCCAGCAAGGUCAUGCAAGCAAGGAAGCAGUUUGAAAAUCAGAUGCUUUAGCACUGGGGAAACUAGAGCUGCUGUUUGAUCAUUUUGAUAGACUUAUCUGUAGGGAUAAUCCAUUUGAGAGGGGGAGUUAGGGAGGUCUUGUUCCUCUUAAGAGCCUUGUAGCAGGCAGAAGCUGCCCCCUACUCCAAGGCUUCCCACAGAGACCUAUUAGGCCUUUUUGCUGCCAUGGAGCUUUUAAAGGAACAGGAGCCUCCUGCUGAACAGGAGUUGGCCACCUUACACCAAAAGGUUAAUACUAACUUCUUUGAUGUUGAAAAACAACAAAGGCUUACAUUUUUAGCUAGUAUAAAGUCCAUAAAAGCUCAUAUGUUUAGCUGUACUUGCUGAAAACCAUUGGCAGAUCUAAAGCAAGAUCCUCACGCUCUUUCAGCUGCAGUUAAGCCACAGUUUAAGCUUGUCCCUGUUGUCAUGUUUGACUUCUCUGGUGUUCUAGAGAAGAUCAGUCCAUGAGUGACACCAGCAACAGCUUUAGGAACUGGAGGGUCUGCUACCGAAAAGAGAGGGCCAUAUCAUAGAUGCUCUGUCCUUAGCUGCCUGAGCUGUGGCAUCUCUCGUCAGCAGUGUGAUGGAGUUAAAAAUGAAAUGGUGGUGCUCAUUUGGGCUUGGUUAGCUGAGAUCAGACUACAAGAGUCUAACUUGGUCAUCAGCAUUAAAACAGCCAAAGGGCUUUGGGACUGCCCUACCUCAGGCCUGCACAACCUGUAACCCACCAAGGUGACUGCAGUCCAGCAAUCAUAUACUGUAGCCUGCAGCCUGCUUGGCAACUUCCCUUUUUUACAAUCCUAGACAAGCAACAAAACUUAGAUUUUUUCCAGCCUCUGAUGGACCACAAUAAUAUGGCAGGUAAACUAUAUUUGGCUUGGUGGGUCACAAGCAGUGUUCCUUGUAACGGGUAUUCCCAGAUGUUGUUGGCUGCAAUUCUCAUCUCCAGCUCCAGUGACCUUUGGCUGGAGAUGAUGUGAACUAUAGUCAACCUCUGGGAAUCCCUGUUGCAGGAAACAAUGGUCACAAGUUGUAUAGGCCUGCCUUCUUAAGGCCCACCCAUACUGGCAGCAGAAGAAAAUUCAUUACAAGAACCAUCUACAAAGCUAUACAUAAAAUAGAUAAAUGCACAGUUUUUGAAUAUCACAGUGAGCCUGUCUCAGAUUCCAGACUGCUGUGCUGGGACCAACAGGGGAUUUCCCUUUGAGAUCAUAGUUCCUUUAUGACAGAGCAAUAGUUGUCUGUAACUAAUGUAUAUAUCAUCACCAUCUGCACCAGGUAUGGCAUGACAACCACCCUACACAUAACAUGUCUUGCACACCGUUUUAUAACCAGCCUGCUCUUUUUAUAUCUGUCACAUUGCCACUUUGAUGACAUAAUCUUAUUAAGAUAACUUAUUUUUCCAAGUAAUUUCUUAGCCACUGUAUCUUCUUUCCUUUGUGGUCCAGCUCACUUAGUACUACACACUCACAUACACACUGAAAACACCUGUACUUACAGCAAGGAGAAUGUGUACAACUUAGGAUUCUUUUGUGGGGGGAAUACUAUGUAUAUUGACGCUAAUAAUAAAGAUAUGUUUUCUGAGUA